UUGAAUCAGUGACGGGCGAGAUCGGCGCGCGCGCCCGCGAGGCAGGCCGCGUGCGUGCGUGCGCGCGUGCGUCGGGAGCGCGCUGCGAGGCGGGUCUCAGUCAUCAUGGCGGAGGGGGAGCUGGACGUGGAUUCUCUGAUCUCCAGACUGCUGGAGGUGCGAGGAUGCCGUCCAGGGAAGAUAGUACAGAUGACGGAGGCAGAGGUUCGGGGUUUGUGUAUUAAAUCACGAGAGAUCUUCCUCAGUCAGCCAAUCCUGCUGGAGCUGGAGGCUCCUCUCAAGAUCUGCGGCGACAUCCACGGUCAGUACACGGACCUGCUGAGGCUCUUCGAGUACGGAGGCUUUCCUCCUGAAGCUAACUACCUGUUCCUGGGAGAUUACGUGGACCGAGGGAAGCAGUCUCUGGAGACCAUCUGCCUGCUGCUGGCCUACAAGAUCAAGUACCCCGAGAACUUCUUCCUGCUCCGCGGGAACCACGAGUGCGCCUCCAUCAACCGCAUCUACGGCUUCUACGACGAGUGCAAGCGCAGGUUCAACAUCAAGCUCUGGAAGACAUUCACCGACUGCUUCAACUGUCUUCCGAUCGCCGCCAUCGUGGACGAGAAGAUCUUCUGCUGCCAUGGAGGGCUUUCUCCAGAUCUACAGUCAAUGGAGCAGAUCAGACGCAUCAUGAGACCCACAGACGUCCCUGACACGGGGCUGCUGUGUGAUCUGCUGUGGUCAGAUCCUGAUAAGGAUGUUCAGGGUUGGGGAGAGAACGACCGUGGUGUGUCCUUCACCUUCGGAGCGGAUGUGGUCAGUAAAUUCCUGAACCGUCACGAUCUGGACCUCAUCUGCCGCGCUCAUCAGGUGGUCGAGGACGGUUACGAGUUCUUCGCCAAACGGCAGCUGGUCACGCUGUUCUCGGCGCCUAAUUACUGCGGAGAGUUCGACAACGCUGGAGGAAUGAUGAGCGUCGACGAGACCCUGAUGUGCUCCUUCCAGAUCCUGAAGCCGUCGGAGAAGAAGGCGAAGUAUCAGUACGGCGGGAUGAACUCCGGGCGACCUGUGACCCCGCCCAGAACGGCCACGCCCCCAAAGAAACGAUGAAGGGGCGAAGCCACCAUCGGCAUGAAGACUGUCUUGAAAAACACACACACACACACACACACACACACACACACGAGAUGUAGUUAAAGAAACCACGCGCAUUGUUUUUUUUCUGUUAGGGCCUGUUUUAUUCUGGUUUGGUUCUGAGCGUCACGUGUCCAGUGUUUGAACACAUCAGGAGCUCGGCCUCGGCUCGGCCUCACAGCACACUCACUCGCUGUUUUUAUAGUUAACCCUUUCACUCCGCAGGCCUGGUCGAGUCCAACAGGUUCAUAACAUCUGGAUUUUCAGUAAAUAAAGUUUAACAAACCUU